AUGGAGCCUGUGUAUUCGAUGAGGCUAGCUUCUACCAACCAAAUACGGCACGACCAAUCAAAAGAAGCUAUCGAGCCUUUGUCGAUACCAGAAUUCAACCUAGUCAUCACCAAGGCUAGUAUUGAUGAGCCUCUCGAUGAUCCAUUGACGAUACGGCCUUUACCGGACGAAACAGACCAAUUGUCCGAUAACGACACCGAGGAAGAUAAAAAUGAGGAUAUAGACUACCAAGACCAAAUCCUCGGCGACCUACCGCCUUCCCCGGAGGAAUCAGAAGGAGAAGAAGAAGUAAGGCAAAACCAAUGCGAAAGUGAGGAUAACCUUACUCUAAACGGUACUGAAAACGCACCUUAUUCGGGCGGUUUUAGAGUAAAUGACCCUUCACUUCAUCCUCACUCAGAAGUCGAAAACGCCUCACUUCCCUCUGAACCUUCUUUAUUGUCCCGAAUCACUAUUCCGGCCGAAGACCUUACCCCGGAUGCACGUGUUUCCGACCAAUCACCUGACUUUAUGGUCUUAAUUGAUAACUCUUCCUAUGACGAGGAAAUGUUGAAUCAAUAUGACCACCCCAAACGGGACAGAUCUCCCUCGCCUGAUUCUUCAAAUAAGCGGCAAGCCUUCGCUUCCUUCUAUAAUGCAUUCUCUGCGGCAAUAAAGGAUCAGCCUAAGAAGGUGCAUCAAGAUAACCUUCUCCCUCCCCCGGAAUCAUGGGAAGAAAUGCUUAAUCAUCCUUAUAAAGCUGAAUUCAUGUAA